GUAACGGCGUCUCCGCGGCGAAGGAAGAAGAAACCAUGACCUUCAUGUUGUUGUUUUCGAGCUGUCGCUCGUCUGUGUUGAAAGGGCCGAAAGUCUGGUGCGGAAAGAUGGGGAAAGGUGGUUUUGGUGACAUUAACUGUGUCAACUGCACUGAACUAAGGUUGACAAGUUACAGAAAUGCUUUGUUCCGAAACUGCAGCACAGUGUCUGCAAGCAACAGUUCUUUGCAUAUAAGGGACCGCUAUAGCUACUGCAGAAGAGGCCCAAAGCGUUUGUACUGUGGGGUGGUGGGGGCUCCCCUGCCAUGCACCUCUGCUACCAACAUGAAUUUUAUUGGAAUGCCAUGUGUUUCAAUGAGAUGGUGGCACUCUACUCAUCAGCUGUAUGAUGACUCCAAAGUCGAAAAGUCUCUAAAGUCCUUGAAAGAUAAGAAUAAGCGUCUGGAAGAAGGCGGUCCCGUGUAUAGCCCUAUAGAAGCUGAAAUUGUGCGACGGUCUCUUGGUCAGAAGGUUGCAGAUGAGGUGAAGCAUUAUUACCAUGGCUUCCGCUUAUUGUGGAUUGACACAAAGAUAGCAGCAAGGAUGCUGUGGCGGAUUCUGAAUGGCCAUACUCUGUCGAGGAGAGAACACAGACAGUUUCUGAGGACAUGUGCUGAUCUGUUUCGUCUGGUCCCCUUCCUUGUCUUCGUAAUAGUUCCAUUCAUGGAACUCCUUCUUCCUGUUGUAGUUAAACUUUUCCCCAAUAUGCUUCCUUCAACUUUCGAAACCAAAUCAAAGAAGGAGGAAAGGUUGAAAAAGGAACUGAGGGUAAAGCUUGAGAUGGCAAAAUUUCUCCAAGAUACAAUUGAAGAGAUUGCCCUGAGAAAUAAAGCAGCCAAAGGAGAUGUCACAAAGGACUUUUCUUCGUUUUUCCAGAAGAUCCGAGAUUCUGGGGAAAGACCCAGUAAUGAGGAAAUCAUACGCUUUUCUAAAUUGUUUGAGGACGAACUCACACUGGAUAAUUUGACACGACUUCAACUGGUAGCCCUCUGUAAAUUGUUGGAGUUGCAGUCAAUAGGAACCAAUAACUUCCUACGAUUCCAGCUGAUUAUGAAACUGCGCUCUAUUCGUGCAGAUGACCAGCUAAUUGCACAGGAAGGAGUGGACACUCUGAAUGUAAUUGAACUGCAGGCUGCUUGUCGAGCACGUGGAAUGAGAGCACUCGGUGUGACUGAGGAGCGCCUACGAGAACAACUUAAACAAUGGGCAGAGUUGCACCUGAACCAGCACAUUCCAACUUCACUGCUACUUUUGUCCAGGGCCAUGUACCUUCCUGAUACACUUUCACCUGCUGAUCAACUCAAGACAACCUUGCAGACCUUGCCAGAUAAUGUGGCAAAAGAAGCACAAGUGAAAGUCGCAGAAGUUGAAUGUGACAAAGUGGAUAAUAAAGCCAAGUUGGAAGCAACCUUACAAGAAGAGGCGGCCAUUAAGAGAGAAAACAAGGAGCGAGAGAUGGAACGUAUGGCAGAGGCUGCUGAAAAAGCUAAAGAGACUUUGCAGGUUGAAGCCAGGAAGGAAGUGGAAUCGGCAGUAAAUCUGGAAGCUCAGGUAGUUAAUGUAAAGAAAAGCCAAAUUGCUAUGGAUACAGAACAAGAACUGGCUAAUGUAGACCUGGCAAUGGAUUCAGAGACCUUGAAAGACACCGCUCCAGUUUUAGAAGGCAUUAAGGGUGAAGAGAUUACCAAAGAGGAAAUCGAUAUACUCAGUGAUGCCUGCACAAAGCUGAAAGAGCAGAAGAAACUUCUGACCAAAGAGAAAGAAGAGUUGGAAGAAUUAAAGGGUGAUGUACAGGAGUAUAAUGAGGAUUUAGAAGAGAUUAAAAAGGAAUUAUCUAAGUCUGGACAAGAAACAAAUGUAGAAGAAUCGAAAGCGAGCAAGCGUUUAUCAAAGAGAGUGAACCGAAUGAUCGGUCGGAUUCAUACCCUUAUUAGUGAGCUGGAGAAGGACAAAGCAUUGCUGGAUGGUCAGCUGGGCAGUGGUACAACGCCACCCAUUGGUUUGUAUUUCAACUUUAGGGAAAACCUCAUCAGCAUCAGUGAGCUCAUCAGUGCAAUGAGGCAGUUCCAGAAUAUCCCACAGCACAAAUUACAAAAAAUUGCUGAUGCCCUGGAUGAAAACAAGGAUGGAAAGAUUGAUAUUGACGAUGUCAUAAAAGUGGUGGAUUUAAUUGAUAAGGAGGAUGUGGACAUCUCGACCAACCAGGUUGCUGAAAUUAUGGAAUUGUUGCACAAGGAGGAGAAGAUUGUGGAGCAGCAGAAAGCUAAAGAGAAGAGUGAGAAGGAAAAGGUGGCUGAGGUCCAGAACUAAACAACUUCAGCUAAUAAAAUGCCCUUGGCAGCAGAACCCAUUUAAUUCCACUGGUGUUUUGAUCUGAAAUUUGUUAAAUUAUGUGGCUAAAGUAAUCAAGUGGAGAAUAAAGUGCUGAAGAGCAAUUCUAGAUUACUUCAUUGUGGUAAAAGAACGGGGGAAAAAAGUUUUCCUUUUCAUCGAGAAUUGAUUCCCAGCAUAACAAAAUAACGUUUACCCUAGAAUUUUGACACUUGCACAAUAAUAGAUGAGUGUUGUGAUUUGGCGAGCUCUGAUAGUGUUCUAGAAAUUGGGGGGAAAAAAGCUUAGUGUUAGUGAUGAUUGGUUGCAGAGGAGCGGUUACAGUAGACCCUGGGUUAGCCGAUGUGCAUCAGUACAUUACAAUCAGGAGAGUUCUGCCGUUUGGCUGCUGAGGGCAGGAUUCCCUAUUUGAGAAACGUGCCCAGCUGCGUGAGCAAUAUUUUUGUAUUUCCCUUUGAGAAACGUAACAUAAUAACAUUUACUGGUUACGGGGGGCAGGUGAAAUGGAGUGGGGGGUGGGGAAACGAUUGGACCCCUCUGCAUUACACUUUCAGGGUAGUUUGUAUGAACAUUUACGUAAGGAGAGAGAGGCUACUUUUUUUUGUUCUAAACAAUCUCCAAAUCCUCAACCCUUUUGAGCACUGAGACUUUUUUUAAAAAAAGCUUUCAAAAUACAACAUUGAUUGUAAAACUGAUUGAUUGUCUGCAAUUUGCAACAAGCAUACUGUAACACGGAAAUUAAAUGAAUGUAACACCUUGCAAUAAGCAAAAUCUUUUCACUCAGAUAUUGUUGUAUAUUCUCAAAUGGUUAAAUAUAUUAUACAGUAUACUUUUCCUCCCUCCCUUCUACCCUCUUUUUCUCUUUUUCACCCCCCAAAAAGGCAAGAGAAACCAACCUUAUCCAGUAAUAAACUUGCAGAUGCUGGGGUGGUUGUAAUUGGGGAGAGGUUGUGCUGUACUACAGGAGGAUGUGGCUGAAAGAACCCUGAAAUGUUAAGCACAUUUAUAUCCCAGAACCAUUCCAUAUUUUUCACCGAAUAUUUGCUCUAGUGUUUUGGUAAUUAAAAAAUAAUGCGAGUUUGAUACGUAAGACUUAACUGCAAGUGUACCAGCUUUACAGUUGCUUCAUGUUUAAAAAGCACCACCAUGUAAAUAAGACAAAUGUAUAAACCUGCAGUUUGUACACUGAAUGCUGAUAUUUAAGAUUUUUCAAUCCAUCUGACACCGCCAUACAUUCAAGUACAGUAUAUAUUGAUCAUGACUGUUUCCUUAAUGAUUAUGUGAGAUUAAUAUUUGUUGCAUCAAGGCCCUUAUGUCAGUGACGUAGCUGUGCAGCAUCUGCACUACAGUCAACUUGUGUAUGACUUAAAUUUGGUAAAAUUCAUGUUAACCAUCAAUGGAAGGAAGGUCUUACUAACCACAAAAAUGGUGUAUUCAUAUUUAAUAUAAUUUGCCAGUUGAACGUAGAAAUUAUGGACUGGAAAAUUAUUUUCUAAUGUGCUUUAUUGAAAUUAAACUAUAUUCAGGCAAAGUUAAUUAUUUAAGUUAUUUUUUUUGGUCUUUAUAAAUUUAGCUAAAGAACUUUUAGGCAUCAGCAUAAACUAAUGUAACAUUCCCCGCCCCCUUCCCAUACUGAAGCUUUCAAGUUUAAAAAUGUUUUCAAAGCUAUUUCUCCAAAAUUUGGGAGGUUAAAUAUUUUGCAUAGGAAAACCUUUCACAGCGUUUUAAUCUCAGAAUGAGCAUUUUCCAGUCCAGGCCAUGUUUUCUGAAUAAAAUUGGAGGCACAGUGUAGUUUAUAAGACCGAUCACACAGAUUAUCUAAGCCGAUGAGUAUUACAGAACUGGAUUCAAGAACAAUUUCUUGGUCUAUUCAGACCAAAGGGGUAAUUAGUUUAUGCAUUUGCCCCAUGUCCUUUUUUUUCUCAGCAGCCAAGUUUGUGAGUGCUCCCUUGCUCUAGGUUUCUCAGACUGUAUUAUGAUAGUAUACUUUAGCUUAAUGUUUGUCUUCCCCACCUUUCCUCCCUUUGAUAUUGGGCAUUGUGUGUGUUUAUUGGGGAAAGUAAAUUUCCCCAGGUGUCCAGCAGUAGAGCUCUUGAUACAGACUUUCAGAGGUUCUCCUUGAAAGUGUGGCCAGAUGUCAGAGAACAACUAUGGGGGAGUUGAGUGCAAGUACUAUGUGCACUCACUUGAAAUAUUCAGUGGGUUGGAUCACUUGGUAGAGGGCUGGAUGGUAUAGUUCAGUUGAGAGAUGGAAUUAAAAAUUGCCAUCUCUAUAGGUCCUGUAUGAAAUGAAGGUGGAUAAUUGAAAGUGAGUUUUUGAUGAGUGGACGCUACAGUGAAGAAAGGAUUAGUAUGAGAAGUAGAGAGAUUCACACCAUUCAUGAAUGGUUUUCCGAGAUUGGGGCUCUGCAUAUUGUUGGAAUGGAGUGGGGAAAGCUUUACUUUGCAACUGCCUGAGCUGAAUCUGGAAGUAUUGUACUAUGUGGAAGAAAAAAUAAAAUGUUUCUGAUGGAGAGGAGUAAAUAGGAAAAGAAAGACUUCCCUUAAAAAUUCUCAUCUAGAGAAUUUAAAAAUGAAAAUACUAGGCUGUUCUUGCAUUUUGUAACUACAGUUUAAAUGAGUUCCUUUGACAUGUUGUACUGCAAUAGGAAAUUGAACUGCAAUCCAAAUGUAAUGAUGAGCCAAGUAUGUGAUUUCAUGCAAGCUCUGUGAGCAAAAUUGCCAGUGUUAAAUGAUGGCCAUGACGUUUGCUGUUGAAUGCUUUCAAAAGGUUGGAGCUCUUACCGAGAAAGUGAGUUAACCUGUCGUAUCAUGGUAUAAAAUACUGUAUGCUGUCUAUUCUAAUCUCUUUGCCUGUUUGAUAUGAUAUGUGCAAGCUGUGGUCAUGCUUUAUUAGUGACCUUUUUUUUCCUGCUCUAACUUGAAUGUGCGAGGAAGUAUUGCACUGAUCUUUGAAAAUGUAACUGGUAUUGUGAUAUGAUAGAACAUUGAACUGGGGGAAAUGAGUUCAAAUUCAUCUGGGCAUUUGUUUUAAAGAAAAGCAAAAUCAACAUGAUUAAACUACAUAAAGAAUGAA